ACUGUAUAUGAAAACAGAGCUAAACAACAACCUAUUAUGACCAGAGAAUACAGCCUGUGAGGAAAACUGUCUGCUGGUUGUGACCUAUCCUUAUAACUAGUUAUGUAUGAUCAAGUGACGGGGGCAGCAGCCAUUCAUUUUUUAUGGCAACAAAUGGUUGUUUAUUGCUGUGUCCAGUGUCGAUCAAUCUAGUAGACUAUUUCUCUUUUGUGAUUAUUGCAGCCACAGUAAAGAAACAGUGGUGUUGAUACUGGUUCAAAAUGGUGCGACCCUCACUCCAAAAUGCCCUUUUAAACUCUGGUGUAAGGGCAUCUAUGGGGAGUCAGUGAGUCAGUCAGUGAGUCAAUUAUGGAUGCUGACUAUUAUUAUAUGGUCUGCUGAAAAAAAAGUAUAACUAUCUGAAUGCUGAAUUCUAAGAAAAAACAGGGUGUGCUCUAAACUGAGACAAAGUAAAGACAUGUGAUCCUUGACUUAUCAGGAAAACACCCAUUCAUCAUGCCACAGGUAAAAGUGGCGCAUGGCACUGAGAGGUGAGCAGUUAUUCCAGUGUGAAGUCAGGCAGAUAAGAUCAGCCAUCUGUUGCCUCCAUUUGAUGUUCAUCACAGCUUAGUUUAUUUAAAGAGUUCCUGAGCUACAUUAGCAACCAAAUGCAGUCUUUGUCCUCCCUCUGAUAAAAAGAAGGUGCCUCAGUCUCCUUCAGCCUUCAGUCAGGUUUUGGGCUUGAUCUGGUUCACAUCAGAGAGCUGUAUUAUUUCUUCCAACAUACGUAUAGUAGAAUAUCUUUUAUAACAUUAUUUUUCAGCUUUAUUCAGUCAGUUAGGUUUGACGCACAUAUAUCUGUCCCCUGGAAUAGUCUUUGUGAUGAUUUUGAACGGCACUGCAGACCCAUCCCUGGAGCUGUCUGAGUGGGAGCUGCUGGAGUGUAACCACACCGAGGCCUGGGAGUGGGUCUACUCUAUACAGCCAGCCUAUAUGUCCGUCAUCUGCAUUCUGGGUGUGCUUGGCAAUGCCUUCGUCCUUUCUGUGUUCUGUGUCCAGAUGGGGCCAUGCUCAGUGGCAGAUAUCUAUCUGGGGAACCUGGCGGCUGCUGAUUUGCUCAUGGUGUGCUGCCUCCCUUUCUGGGUUACCACUGUCAUUCACAAGUUCAACUGGUCAUUUGGGAAGCCCAUGUGCCAACUGGUCAACCUGAUAAUCGGUAUGAAUUACUACUGCAGUGUGCUGUUCCUUACGCUGGUCAGCCUGGAUCGUUACCUUGUGCUGGCCAGGUCCAUGUCCAUGGGCAGGCGCAGAGGUGCCACCCAGGCCAAGGCCAUCUGCAUGGUGAUCUGGCUUGCAGGAUUCUUGCUCAGUCUUCCCGCCUUGCUCUUUCGCUCGGUGCAGUUUUUCCCCGAUCUAGAGGCGGAGGCGUGUUACCUGGCUUACCCUCACGACGGCUGGAGGCUGCGCUUCAACAUGACGGUCAAUGUGGUGGGCUUCCUCAUUCCCGUGCCCCUUGUGUGCUACUGCAGUUACCACAUCAUCGCAGUACUUGGGAACAAACAGGUGAGGAGGUGUUCGGCUGUAAAGACGGAGAGAAAGGCUGCGGUCUUGGUGCUUGUCGUCCUUUCCGUUUUCAUCCUCUGCUGGCUGCCUUUUCAAAUUUUUAUGCUCCUGGACACCCUUUAUUAUUUCAAUGUUAUCUCUGGCUGUCCCUGGAUAAAUGGCCUGGACAUAGGCACCCAGCUAUCUACCUACCUCGGUUAUAGCAACAGCUCUCUUAAUCCCUUCCUAUAUGUGAUAGUAGGAAAACACUUCAGGCAAAGGGCUAAAGGAGUUCUUGUACAGAUUCUGAACUGUGGGGGUCGAGGCGUCUCUUCUGCUUACAAAAUCAACUCAAGCUUGAGAUACACAGAGUCAACCAGAGUAUGAGCUGAUGAUGUUUGAUGGAGUGAUUCCACAGUGCCCUCUGCUGUUAUGUGUUUGCAAUUACCAGUAGACAUGUUACAACAGUGGUCCCCAACCCUGGACCUGGAGUACCCUCUGCCUUGUGCAUUGUCCCUGCUCCCACCACACAUUCAACUAUUCAGUUAAUUCAGAAGAGCUUUCUAAAUUGAAUGUGCAGGACAGGGAUACUCCAAGACCAGGCAUGGGAACAUUAACCUCCGGAGUUGUGUAUCAUUCUGUAGUCAGUGUCAUGAUCAUGUAUGACCUCAAAGUCUAAGCAUUUUUUCUAUUUGAGAAAAAUGAAUGGCAUUUCUAUGGUAAACAAAAACGUUUUUUGUCCUGUGCUCAUUUUUCCCUCAAGUGUGACUGGGUCAUCUGAAUUAUGAGGUCAUUUAGCAGUCAAAAUAUACCUAAUGUUACAUACCUGAUACAAGCAGGAUAAUAGUCCUGCGCAUUGAAAUGACCUCAUCUGCAAAAGUUGCAAACAUCUCAACUUCGUGGACAUCAAACCAUUGACCCUCCCCAUAAAAUUACUUUAGGUUUUUGCCAACAACCGCAAAGCUAACUAGCUACAUUAACUAGCCAGUUAAAUGACUGUUUGUGCCUAGCCUGCUGUUGUCAUGAUUUACAUAGCUAGACUUGUUUUCUCCACUCUAUACACCCCCCUCCCAGUUUCACACAGAGCUCAGAUUCAUUUAGGAUCCAACCAAUGAAAAUCAUUAGAGAAGGGAAGAGUGAGAUGCUCCUAAGACAGGGUGAGCAAGGCAUCAAGUAUAGGUCAUAAUGGCUACUUAAAUCAAUUUACAAAGGCUUCACAUACACACAACAGAAAAAAAAACUCAAAUAUGUAGUAAAGAACCCUAAACAGAAUGAGAAAAGAUAAAUAUAUAGAUACGGGGAAACAGAAUGGCAACAACAGCUG